CAGCAGGGUACAAUUCGUUGUGCCAACUUGGAUGAAUGGAAUAGGAACUUUUCUAUGCUUUUGCAAGAUUCUGUAAAGCAAGAAGUUGUUUCCAGGGAGAAAAAAGAUAGAAGGGAUUUUGAUAAACUUGCUGCACUGGCUACAACCCUGGGAUUGUAUAGUCAUGCAUAUGCUAAGGUUGUUGUGUUCAGUAAGGUCCCACUCCCCAACUAUAGGUUUGAUCUAGAUGACAAGAAGCCACAGAGGGAGGUGAAUUUGCAUACUGACUUCCUUCAAAGAGUCGAAGCUUACCUCAGAGUAUACCUCAGUAAAAAAUCAAAGAGUGUAGUAGAUAGAUUCCCUGCCAAUUCCUUAGCAAGAACUAGUAGCAUAAGCAGUCCCGAUGAAUGGCUUUUUGAGCAACCAGAGCCCAUGCCUGCCAGCAAAACUACGCUGGACAAAAUUCUUUGGCGAAGGAGUUUACAGCUGCGUGAUCGACAAGAAUAUUGGGAGGCUUCAGUAGAAGGCCGAAGAAUGGUGAAAUCUCGGAGAAGUCUCCCUGCUUCCAAGCAAAGGGAUUCAGUAUUGACAGCAAUUUCACAAAAUCAGGUUAUUGUUAUCUCUGGAGAAACAGGUUGUGGCAAGACCACACAAAUUCCGCAGUUUAUAUUAGAAUCCGAGAUUGAAGCAAACCGUGGAGCUUUUUGCAGUAUCAUAUGUACUCAGCCAAGGAGAAUAUCUGCUAUGUCUGUAUCGGAGAGGGUUGCUUACGAGAGAGGAGAGCAGUUGGGUGAAUCCGUUGGAUAUAAAGUUCGAUUGGAAGGUGUUAGAGGANGAGAACGCUUGUGCUCAACUUGA